AGAUGUGUACAUCCAGACCAUUUCAAAUAUAAAACGGUAUUUAAAUGUUUUAGACAGUUGCUCUUGAUCAACACGUUUGUUUAUAACUAUUCACCACGAAUAACUGACUUUUCGUUAAAAAAAUGAUCAGACUGUCUGUAUAGGUCAGAGAGAUCAGAGAUUCUUCAUGUUGAUAGUUUGUUACUCAGACAUGAUUCAUGUUGUCAAGAUUCUUCAACCUUAUCAGCAGAAAGAACAAAAGGUCCUUCCUGAGAAAAGAAAAAUCACCCUCACUUCCUGUUUCAACACUUUCAUUCCGGAAGUUAAGAACAGCUCAACCUGUAUGCAGACUGCUCUGAUAGGAAGUGGCAACCAGAAUAUUGAGUGAGUGGUUUGAAGUGGUGUCUGUCUCUUUUCAAAUUACACGCACAGACACCAUGAACGACAACAAUGAUAGUUUAGGAGCGCUCUCCUCUGAGGGGAGUUAUGCGAUGUACACAGCCUCUGCCAUUGUGUACGGAAGCGUGGUGGCGCUGGGCCUGCCGCUCAAUGCCGUGUCGCUGUGGGUUCUGCUCCGCCGCCAUGGCUUGAAAUCCUCCAGCGCUGUCUUCAUGAGCCACCUGGCUCUGUCCGACCUGCUGCUGGUCCUGUCCCUGCCCACCCGGGUCUACUUCUAUGCCACGGGCACCUGGCCCCUGGGCAUCCAGGCCUGCACAGCCACCACCAUGCUGUUCCGCAACAACAUCCGCUCCAGCGCCAUCUUCAUUACAUUCAUUGGCCUGGACAGGCUGCUGGCUGUGGUUUACCCUCUGAGGUCCCGCAACUUCCGCACCACCACCAACGCCUGGAAGGCCUGUGUCUUCAUCUGGCUCCUGAUCGUGGCAGUCAACAUUCCAGAGAGCCUCUACCAGAUCAGUCAGAUAAAGAGCUGUAAUGCCACUAACGUCUGCUUUGAGUUUACUAAUAAUGUAUGUUCUGUGGCGAAUCCGAUCGUUGGUUAUGUGCAGUCCGGGCUGGUGUUCGCCAUGCUGGGAGUCAACGUGGUCGCCACCACCAUGGUGUCCUGGAAGCUACGCGGGCACCUUAGUGAUGCCGCCAGGGUCAACAAGAUGAACAUCAUGCUGAUCUUCACCAUCAACCUUCUGAUUUUUAUUGUCUUCUUCCUGCCAUUCUCCAUCGUGCUGACGCUCAAAAUCAAAAAGGCUAUCAUGCCCAUGUUCUGUCUGGCCAGCGUCAACUGUUGUCUAGAUCCACUGUUGUACUACUUCUCUUUAGAUGCUUUCUGGAAGAAGAAAGAGGGUUCUGACAUGGAUUUCUCAGGCCAGAUCACAUGAAAGUAGAUGAAGGGUGAGAACACAGUGAGUGAGAAACGACUAUCAGUGGAGAUAGUUUGAGGUAACAGCAUCAAAAUGUGUCCCUAAAUACAACACAAUUUAUAGUUAAAUAUAGAAUGUUUUGUCAAAUGACAUGUUAUAGUUUAGUUUUUUUUGGUAACAGUUCAUCACUUCUGUAAGUUUAAUUGAGCUCAUCUGUACUUUUAAGAUGUGCUAAUAAUUGUUUUAUAGAAUAAAAACAUUUUACCGCUUA